AUGGCACUUCCACCAAAAGGAAACAAAUACUUGUCUAUCGAACUAAAUGGAGAUGUACUCACCAGAUCAAAGGAUAAUAUAAAUGUUCCUAACAUUACAUAUGACAACAAAGCUUUCGAUAUGGCGUCUGAAGAUGAUAGCCAACAAAAUUAUUCACACGAAGAUGCACAUAGAACAGUUCCAUGCAACUCUCAGUUGAGACUGGAUGCAGUAAAAUCCAUUGCAGUCAGUGAAAGUGCUGCUAAUUCCCACCAAACCCAUAAAACCAAUGAGUACUGUCCGCCAACAGCAUCCUAUAGCUCAACAGAAAACGGCUCUUUCUUUGUAGAUCGAUGUUUUCAAAUAUUCGACAUCAAUAGCAGCGGAGAAAUCAGUCUACGAUUCCUGAUUGGGGAGUUACGGUCCCUUGUUUAUGGAACCCAGACUGACAAGAUGCGGUUUUUGUUCAACAUCUACAACAUAGGAGGUACCGGACAGAUUGACGCCAGUGAAAUAUAUCAGGUCUUGAAGUCGUGCAUCGAAGAAAGCAGGAUGCACUUUACCAAUGAUGAUUUAAAGGUAAUAAACAAUAAACUAAUCUUCAAAAUGAGUCACAAAUUAUACCUCAUCAUGUUUGGACUAUUGAUCGCGCAUGCGCAAGAUUUCUGGAAAUGGUUUGUGGUGCCAGGAGUUGUGUUUUUAUUGGAAGCUAUUUCUAGAAUUUCCUGGAUUAGAUCAGCCUACAUGGGAAGGACGUACAUUGAGAGUGUCUGUCUGCUACCCUCAGAGGUAACGCAGCUUGUCAUCACCAAGCCUGUCGGUUUCACGUUCAAGCCGGGAGAUUUUGUGUACAUUCAGAUCCCAGCUAUAGCCAAGUAUGAAUGGCACCCCUUCACAAUCAGCAGUGCACCGGAGCAAAGAGACACUAUCUGGCUACACAUUCGCACUGCUGGCUACUGGACUAAAUCAUUGCUAGACUACUUCUCAAGAUACCAGUAUGAAGACGCAGAGAAUGCUACCGACAAUUCUGCCACAUACGAAGUCUUGAAAAAGUGCAAUCUUAAAAGGAGGGCGUCUUCUAUAGCUUGGGCUAAGCAGAAGCCUCUCAAGGCGAGACGAAUUGAAACCAACAUGAGGAGUAGAGUCAUUACAAAAAGAGCUAAAGUUCUG